AUGGCAUGUCGCCUACCGGGCCAUUGCAAUUCUCCCCAAGCACUGUGGGAAUUUCUCGAAAGAGGAGGAGUAGCAGAUAACGCACCCCCAGCAACCCGGUUCAAUCUUGCAGGACAUCAUGAUAAGCAUAAAAGACCUAGAACUAUGAAGUCUCCAGGCGGUAUGUUCAUUGAAGACAUUGACCCUGAAGUCUUUGAUGGGAAGUUCUUCAAUAUCAGCAAAGUUGACUGCAUCGCCAUGGACCCGCAGCAGCGUCAACUUCUUGAGGUCACCUAUGAAUGCUUAGAGAACGCGGGAUUGCCGCUGGAACAUAUAAGUGGAAAGAAAAUAGGUUGCAUUGUUGGGGCGAACGCAUCUGAUUACGAAGGUAUGCAGUCUCGAGAUCCCGAGGAUCGACCUGAUUCAGCAACCAUUGGCGUUGCCAGAUCCAUCCUCAGCAACAGAAUCAGCCAUUUCUUAAACAUCAAAGGCCCAAGCAUGACAGUAGAUACCGCUUGCUCAGGAAGUCUAGUUUCACUAGACGUAGCGUGCCGCUAUUUGGAUACCUAUCAAGCUGAUGGUAUGAUUGUGGCUGGUGCCAAUAUAUGGAUGAACCCCGAACACAAUGAGGAGAUAGGAAUGAUGAGAAUGACUCAAUCAGCAUCUGGAAAGUGUCAUACCUUUGAUGCUAAAGCAGAUGGGUACGUAAAGGCCGAAGCUAUAAACGUAGUCACCAUAAAGAGACUUGAUGAUGCUAUUCGGGACGGUGAUCCUAUUCGAGCCAUUAUCCGAGGAACAUCGACAAACAGCGCAGGACGUACACCUGGUCUUGCAAGCCCAAGUUCGGAGGCUCAAGCAGAUGCUAUCCGGGCUGCUUAUGCAAAUGCUGGAAUCAAAAAUUUUCACGAGACAGGGUAUUUGGAAUGCCAUGGAACUGCCACUUUAGUUGGAGAUGGGAUUGAACUGAUUGGGGCAGCGUCAGUCUUUGCAGCAAGUCGUGCUCAAGGGCAAGAGCUCAUAAUUGGUUCCAUCAAGAGCAACAUUGGUCAUUCUGAAGCUGCGGCGGGCAUAUCUGGCUUGAUCAAAGCCAUCCUUGCUGUGGAGAGAGGCAUCAUACCAGGUAACCCCACCUUCCUUCAACCAAACCCUAAAAUCGACUUCGAAGGUCUCCGCGUGCGAGCAACAAGAGCCUCUAUCAAUUGGCCUAAUUCAACGAAGCGUCGUGCGAGUUUGAAUUCUUUCGGCUUUGGUGGCGCCAACGCGCAUGUGGUACUCGAGCAGGCUGAUCACUCAUGGCACCACUCCUCCCAUAUUCCACCAGUUGGGCAUGACUUUUUCACUAUCGAUGAAGAAGAAACUCUACCCAAGCUGCUCGUAUUUUCCGCCAAUGACGAGUAUUCGCUAAAAAGAAACAUCAAAACGCUUUCGGGACACAUUAUGAACCCCUCAACUUCGCUGCACAUCAACGAUCUAGCGUACACACUGUCAGAGAAAAGAAGCCGUCUUUACUAUCGAGGAUUUGUCGUUACGAAGACAAGUUCCAUUCCCGAAGAAUCAGUUAUUUUUAGCAAGAGAAAAUCGAACCCUCCCAGAAUUGCUUUUAUCUUCACUGGACAAGGUGCUCAAUGGUCUCAGAUGGGACAAGAACUUUUAAGCACAUUUCCAAGUGCUCGAAGAGUAAUUGAGCAAUUGGAUGAUGUUCUGCAAGCUUUGGAACCACCUCCAAGCUGGAAACUUUUGACUGAAUUGACACAAGUUCGAAGUUCGGAGGCUCUUCGCUUACCAGAAUUCUCGCAGCCUCUUGUCACAGCUUUGCAACUGGCGCUGAUCGAAGUGCUUCGUGAGUGGAAUAUAAUCCCCCAAAGUGUUGUCGGCCAUUCAUCCGGAGAGAUAGCAGCAGCAGCAGCAGCCGGGUUGAUUUCCUCCGAAGAUGCUAUCAAGAUUGCAUAUUAUCGUGGCCAAGCAGCUAAAUACAGUAACCCAGGGAAUUCCGUUGGGAUGCUUGCAGUGGGUAUAGGUGCUACGGAAAUACAAAAGUACCUAGAAUCUUUAGAAAACGUGCAGAUUGCCUGCUACAACAGUCCGAAUAGUGUGACACUAUCCGGUGAAACCGCCGAACUGAACAAAGCCAAAGAGCUCCUAGAACAGGACCAUGUCUUCUCAAGAAGCUUGCUUGUUAACCUUGCGUACCACUCUAGCUUCAUGACGGACCUCGCAGAAAGAUACGUAGAGAUGCUGGCAGGAUCAGGAAUCGAACGCGAAGAUCCUGAAGGCUUGUCGCUCAAGGACAAUAAAGUUGCGCCUGUCAAAUUUUACUCUUCAGUCACCGGCUCCUUACAUACCGGCUCUCUAGAUUCAGAUUAUUGGAAAAUGAACAUGAUAUCUCCUGUGAGAUUCGAUGCGGCAAUGAAUUCGCUCCUACAAGAUUCCGAGUCUGCUGACUUCUUGGUCGAGAUUGGACCCAGCAACUCAUUGGCCGGCCCAAUAGCUCAAAUCCAGAAGUUUAACGGCGAAAAGGCUGCUGGAACUCAGUAUACCUACGCGUUGAAGAGAGGGACUGAUGCGAUAAUUCCCCUGUUUGAAGUCGCAGGUCGCAUAUUCUUGGCUGGUGGAUCCCCCGACCUUGCGUCGGUCAAUCAACUCAGCUGUUCCCAACCCCCGAAGUUAGUUGUUGACCUCCCAAACUACAGUUGGAACCAUACAGAAAAAUACUGGCAUGAGUCAACAGCCAGCAGAGAUUGGCGGUUCAAGCCUUUCGUGAUGCACGACUUACUCGGCUCGAAAGUUAAUGGAACUCCAUGGAACUCACCAAUAUUCAAGAAAACACUCAAGCUCAGUGACACUACGUGGCUCAAGGACCAUAAGUUGGGCGCCCAGGUGGUAUUUCCAGGAGCUGCGUACAUAGCUAUGAGUAUGGAAGCUGUUUAUCAAACAACUUUCAUGACGACGUGGAAACAAGAGGUUCCAUCUAGAUUCAGAUAUCGCCUUCGCGAUGUGAGGUUUUCUCGUGCAAUUGUCUUAGAAGAAGAUUCCGACGCUAGAAUCAUGCUUUCUUUGACACCUGUACCUGGCUCAACUCGCUCGUGGUUCGAGUACAAGGUAUAUUCGUUGCGAGAAGAUAUAUGGACAGAACACGGCACAGGUCUAAUUCGCAUAGAAACCGACUAUAAAGAGAAGAGCGCUCCAGCAAAGUCUAUUGAACCAUUGAAACAUGCAACUCCAGGUCGUUCUUGGUAUAAAGCGCUUGCUGCUGCUGGAUACAACUUUGGGCCUGCUUUCCAGAAGCACUUAAUGGUAGAAUCCACAACAGGAAAAAGAGCAAGCCGUUCAACUGUAUCAAUGAUAGUUCCCGAGUCGUCUUAUGAGCAGUCUUUCUACCCUAUGCACCCAGCAUCAAUUGAUGGAUGCUUCCAAACAGUUUCCCCCGCGCUCUGGGAAGGCGACAGAACCACUGUGGGCACUGUACUUGUUCCAUCUGUCAUCAGUAGUCUCAUCAUCAGUGGACGUGGCCAGCUACCAGACGAGGCUAUCUCAAUCGCAUCUGCGACCUAUUCUGGUCUUGGACGAAGAGAUGCUCAUAAAAACUAUGGCACUUCAUGCUCCGUUUACCACCCAGCGAGUGGUGACUUACUUCUGCAGCUUGAAGGACUCAAGUUUGCCGAGCUCGAGACCAGCGAAGACGAAAAGCCUGUUCAUACAUUUACCCACUUGUUGUGGGACGCUGAUAUCUCCUUACUGCUGUCAAAGCCAGAGCCGAGAGUCAAGAACAUCCUAGAGGAGAGAUUUAUUAAAGCUAGCUCACAUACCAUGGCGAAAAUGACGAAGCAAGAGCGUAUUGUACAAGAUCUACUUGGUCUGAUUGCACACAAGAAUCCCCGAUUGACGAUGGCGGAACUCAACCUUGAUUCUACAAAUGAGAGUAGUCUAUGGCUUGAUGAAAAAUGUCCUAAGCGAGCAGCUUGCUCGUUGUAUCACUUUGCGACUACUGAUCCGAAAGUGCUGCUGGGUGUUCAAGAGAAGCAUCAAUCAAGUAGCUCCAACAUAGGUUUCGGUAUGGUGGACCUUACUAAAGCAGGAUAUGUUCUGAGUGGCACAGAGUUCGAUCUAAUCCUCAUUAAAAUACCAGGUAGUCUUAAUGAACAGUAUGCUGAGAUCAUCCUUGAAAGUAUGCGCAUGUCAAUGAAGGAAGAUGGAUUGCUUUUGAUCGUCGCUCCUGAUAAUUCAGAAAGUGAUUUCAUUAUCAAGAAUACUUUUGGGGCUCUAGGAAAUCUGCAAUCCCUCGGAGAAAAUACCUAUAGUGUCCAGUGCAUCCGCCAAUCGCCAGAUUCUGGCAUUAUUGCUGGCGAUUCAAUUCAAUGCUUCAGUCUUUCCGGCAAAGACUUUGGAAGUCUAGAGCUCCUGAAGGAUCUUGAAAAUACUGGAUGGACUAUUUUGACUUCACAAUCCACGGACCACAUCCAACCCAAUCAGACGGUGCUUGUUCUCGACGAGCUCUUAUCGCCAGUAAUGGACUGCUUGGAUGAAGGGCAAUGGUAUAAGAUCCAAAGUCUGGUUGAGAAAGAAUGCAAGAUUCUCUGGGUGACCACCGGAGCCCAGGCUAAUGUAAUGGAGCCAACUAGAGCAGCAAUCAACGGCUUUGCUCGUGUCUUGAGAGCAGAAGCACCUUUACUCAGCUUCAUGACAUUGGAUGUUGAACAGCCUGAGGGACCAACAACUGCUGAGGCCAUCCAUACUUGCCUGGAUCUCAUGAGACUCAAGAAAACAUCACAGACCGAUAGCGAGUUUGUGGAGCGGAACGGGAUUUUGCAUGUCAGCCGUGUUUUUCCGGAGAACGAACUUUCUCGGUCUCAAGAAGAUGGGAUAAGCAGUCUGAAGACUGAACUCAUAGACCUCCACGAUAGUAAAAUACCCAUCAGACUUAGAGCCGAGAUCGUUGGCAAUGCGGAUUCGAUUCUCUUUGGUGAGAUAUCUCCAUAUCCCCUUCCGCUACAACCAGGAGGCAUCGAGAUCGAAUUGUACGCGGCGGGCAUGAACUACAAGGACGUUGUCCUAACCAUGGGAAUUGUUCCUGGAGACGAGCAUGCUAUCGGAGGUGAAGGUGCGGGUAUCAUCACAAGAAUUUCACCCGAAGUUCGUGAUUUUGAAGUCGGGCAGCGAGUCGUUGUGUUCGAUAAGGGGUGCUUUGCCAACAGGAUUCAGACAACACCAGGCCGUGUUCAUCGGAUCCCGGACAAUAUGACAUUCGAAGAUGCCUCUACACUUUCUGCUGUGUAUCUGACUUCGAUGUACGGACUGUUUGACCUCGCAAAACUGGAGAAGGGACAACGAGUGCUUAUUCAUUCUGCUGCUGGCGGAGUCGGUAUCGCUGCAAUCCAGCUUUGCCAGUAUAUUGGAGCUGAAAUCUAUGUUACUGUAGGAACGGAAGAAAAGAGGACAUAUCUUAAAUCGACAUUCGGUAUUCCAGAUAGUCAAAUAUUCAACUCCAGAAACACAGACUUCGCAAGCGAUGUUGUAGCAGCAACAGGUGGUAGGGGAGUCGACGUGGUUCUUAAUUCUCUGACUGGUGAUCUUCUCGACGAAUCCUGGCGUCUGCUUGCUGAUGGUGGAACCAUGAUAGAAAUUGGCAAAAAGGAUAUUCUCGAUCGAAACAUGCUCGCCAUGGAGCCAUUUGAUCGGAAUAUGUCAUUCCGAGCAAUUGACAUGUCUCAUGAAAGAGCACCAGAUCAUCUGGUGAACCGGCUUCUAUCCGCAUUAUUUGAGCUCAUAGAGAGAGGGCAUGUCAAACCCAUUGCUCCCAUCCACACGUUUUCCUUUUCCGAUGUUCCGUCUGCAAUUCGAUUCCUCCGAGCGGGGAAGCAUAUUGGCAAAAUAGUGAUAUCUGAUGGGCCUAGUAAGAAGAUCAUCGUGCCGGUUCGGAAAGCACCGAAGCCUUUGAAAUUUUCUGAUGACAGCUGUUAUUUGAUCGUUGGAGGAUUGAAAGGCCUCUGUGCUUCACUUGCCAUAUACUUUGCGAAGAUUGGCGUCAAACAUCUCGCUGUGAUGUCACGUAGUGGCUAUGCCGACGAGAAAUCUCAAGGUGUCAUUUCAGAAAUCGAAGCUAUGGGAUGCAAGAUUGAUCUUCUCACAGCCGAUGUUACAGUGGAAGGCGACGUCGAGAAGGCCUUCAGGGAAACCACCAAGCCAAUUGGAGGUAUUGUGCAGGGUGCAAUGGUGUUACGAGAUCGAACAUUCUCCUCGAUGAGCAUUGCGGAUUAUCAUGAAGCCAUAGAUUGCAAGAUCAAGGGCACCUGGAACCUCCACAACGUCGCAGAAAAGCUCACCCUCCCACUUACUUUCUUCACAAUGCUCUCGAGUAUCUCGGGUUUGGUAGGGCAGAAGGGCCAAGCCAAUUAUGCAGCCGGAAAUGCAUUCUUGGAUGCUUUCGCAAGCUACAGACAUGGGAGAGGUCAGCCUGCCUGCUCCGUUGAUCUCGGUGUUAUCGAAGAUGUGGGAUACAUCGCGGAGCGAGAUGGCAUGCAAGACAAGCUGGACACAAGUAUUUGGAGUGGAAUCAAUGAACGACUUCUCCAAAAGAUCCUCUACUUCUCGAUCUUACAACAGCAAGGAGACGCCCCGUUCAGCACUCCAUCUACACAGAUAAUCACGGGAAUUCCAGUGCCACAACCAGAAAGUUCGGCUCUCGCACUCGACGUCCGUUUUGCGGGAUUAUUCACACCACUAGAAACAAAUGGCGGCGCCGGCGGAAGCGACGGCAAGGACUCAGCAUUCCAGGAAGUUCAGGCCGUAUUGCUGCUCCUCCGAUCAAAGACGGUAGAUCCUGCAGCUCAACUGGCAGCAACUAUUGACAUUGUAAACAAAGUUUUCGUGCGGGUUCUGCGCCUCUCGGAACCGAUGGAGGUUGGGAGACCUAUUGCUGUGUAUGGCAUCGAUUCGUUGGGGGCAAUCGAGGUUCGAAAUUGGAUUCGGAUAGAGCUGGGUGCAUUGAUGACGACUUUGGAGAUUGUGAAUGCGGUAUCGCUUAUUUCCCUUUGUAAAAAGAUUGUUGCAAAGAUUGUAGCAUCCUGA